AUGGCUUCAUCAAAGACAUGUUUUUUUCUUGUGUUCUUAUGUCUCGUUGUUCUUUUGAUCCCGGAAUCUGCACAAGCGGAAGAUGCUGGAAGGACUAGGCUCAUUGUACAGGGUCCCUGCUCGCAAUUUCCUGACUGCAAUCAACAUUGCAUAGACGUAAAAUUUCCAGGUGGAAAAUGCAUCAAAGUGACUCCAACUGCCACUUAUUUGUCCUGUGCUUGUUUUGCGUAA